AUGAACGGAAAAAUUGUCUUGUGUUUCGCGGUCGUCUUUAUUGGACAGGCCAUGUCAGCCGCAACCGGUACUACAGUUGAAGUCGAAGACCUUAUAAAAGUCGCUGAUCAAAUGUCACAAACUUUUAUGUCUGUUGUCAAUCACUUAGUGGGAAUUGCCCCUAACUCUGGCGAUGCCCAAAAAUCCAUUGAAAAAUUUAGAACUAUAAUGACUAAAGGAUUCGCAGACAUGGUAACCGAAGCUAAUAAAAUGAAGGAUAUCGUUCGCAAAAACGCUGACCCGAAAUUGGUUGAAAAAUACGAUGACUUUGAGAAAGAGUUGAAAAAAUACCUUGGUACUGCCAAAGAUCUGUUCGAAGAUAAAAUCGUCAAGCCCAUCGGUGAAAAGGUAGAAUUAAAGAAAUUCACCGAAAACGUCAUCAAAACUACCAAAGAUGUGGAAGCUACCAUGAACAAGGCCAUCGAUGGAUUCAAGAAACCAUGA